AUGGAUACUGGAGAUAAUAUUAAACAAGCUUGGGCAGAUGUUAGAAAUGAUGCGUCUGAUACAAAUUGGUACGUAAAGUGUUUGCUUGGCUAUUCUUUAGAGAAAAAUGAUGAAAUUGUAUUAGUUGGACAAGGUAGUGGCAGUUUAUCUGAACUUAAAACACAAUUAGAAGAUGAUAAAAUACUGUUUGGUGUUAUACGUGUUCGAGCAGUUGAUGAUCACGGUAGUAAACGAGCAAAAUUUGUUUUUAUCGUAUUUAUGGGAUCGGAUGCUCCAUCUAUGCGUCGAGCAAGAGCAUCAACAGAUAAAUCAGAAUUUGUACGAUUUUUUAAUGGUUAUCAUAUAGAAAUUUAUGUUGAUAAUAAAGAAGAUCUUUCAGAAGAAGCAAUUACAUCAAUUUUACACUCAUCGGCCGGUGCACAUAAACCUCAACGUUAUGAAUUCUAA